AACCUCAUCCUCAACCUCAUUUCCACCAAGCUCUUCGUACUUACACCAUCUCCCGCCAAAAGGAACUGCUACUAACACCAUCAAUACUGCGCUCACACAAUAUCAUCAUCCGUCAUCGUCUCCCAUGGGCGACAAAUUCCCCAAUGUCUUCCGCCGCCUCUUCUGCAUCCCGCCACCCGUCACUCGGCCCUACUCGCCUGGCAUACCACCCAGCAUGGCUUCCGGCGGCUCCGAUUCCAACCUAGCCGACAUGACCAAACGGCACUCAGCCAUCAAGAAAGACGACUCAUUCUACACGCCCAAAACUCAGAACCACUUCGUCUACCACGCCAACAAAUGGAUGCCCUUUCGCGAGUACCCGCAUCGCAACAAAUCCAUCGGUGGCGCGUCUGCCGGCCGCGUCGAAAACUUCUGGCUGAUCACGUGGAACAUCGAUUUCCUGAUUCCAGAUAAGGAACCCCGUAUGCGCGCUGCCCUUGCGCAUCUCGAGGAGCAAGUACGUGGCAUCCCAGCGGGCGAGCCGGUGGUGAUAUGUCUGCAGGAAAUGGUUGAGAGCGAUAUCGCGGCCAUCUGUGCGAGCGAGUGGGUGCGCGAGCGCUUUUACACCACCGAUAUCGACAACAAAUCUUGGCUGACCAAGAUGUACGGCACGACAACGCUGGUCGACCGUAACCUGGGCGUACGCAGCGUGUUCCGUGUGCCGUUCGUGUCCAAGUUUGACCGUGAUGGCUUGUUUGUCGAUCUGGACACGGGCGCGGGCUCGUCUAGGGUGAUUCGCGUGUGUAAUGUGCAUCUGGAGAGUCUGGCUGCCGAUCCACCGGUGCGGCCGACACAGGUCAAGGCUGCGAGUAAGGUACUGCACACGGCGCAGGUCCACGCGGGCUUGAUGUGUGGCGACUUCAACGCGAUCCAGCCCUUUGAUCGGACAUUACAUGCUGAGAACAUGCUGGACGAUGUGUAUCUGCUGCUGGGUGGGAAGGAGGAUAGCGACGAAGGUUUUACGUGGGGGUAUCAGAGUCCGGCGGAUAGCAAGAAGUUUGGGUUCUGUCGUAUGGACAAGGUGCUGAGUUGUGGAGCAAUCGAACCAGAGAAGCUGGAGCGAAUAGGUGUGGAUGUCAGGACCCCGGAUGGGAAGUGGGUGACGGACCACUAUGGGCUUAUGGCGAAGCUGCAUGUCUUGCCGGUCAAUCGUGCCAUGAGUUUGGCGCAGCAGCUCGGCCUGCCCUGAUUUUUCUCUUCUUCUUUUGGGUCGGCUCUGUCUCUUUUGGGUCGGCUCUCUCUUAUCAGAGAUAUCAGAACGGGGACUUACGAAGACAUGUUUGUAUAAAUAUCCGCAACACGAAUAGCACUGUAUAAUAGCGACCAACACUGUACGAUA